CCGCAAGGAAUGUGUUUAAAAUUGAGUUUUUAUAAAUUUUGGUUUAGAUUUCAACUUUUAUAUUAAAUUGCUUACUUUCAUAACCUUAUUUAAAAAUUGUAUGCAUAAGUGGGAAAGUUAACUAUCUAUGCAGAAUACCAAUACUGCCAAUACUGCAAAUUUUUCCUUCUGCACGUGUGCGCAAAAUCCAUGUGCUUUUUUCUGAGAAUUUUUCUUAUAAAAUAAAGUGGAGCCAAGAAUCGAAAUGCAAAACCAUUUCCAGAAAACUGAAAAGCCGCUUGUGCGCAGGCGCAUGAGCCCCCUGACCGAGAGCCAGCUGGACAAUAUGCCCAGCACCAGCAAGGCUGCAAUGGCCGCAAUGGCUUCCUCAUCCGUAUUCGGAUCGAAAGCCUUCAAACAGCCCAAAGAUCCCCUGAAGGUGAAGCCGAAGGCCAAGCCCAAAGGAUGCCCAAUCAAACGUUUGCUAUCCAUUCAACUUGAUCCGGAUUAUAAUCCAAGGGCUAGGCUCGGAACUGCAUCUAGGAGAGUGCUAACCAGAGGUCAGACGAAGAAAGAUCGGGCUGUACUUCCGAAGGAGACUCCGGCUGCAAAGGUACCAACUAUUCAGAAGCCAAAGCCACCGAUAGUAAUCACUAAUAGACGGUUUCGGACAAGCCAAAGGCUUUUGCCCACCGUCUGGCACUCGGGGAAUGUGUGUCAAUUCUCCUUAAGGCAGAUCUGCAGUCCGGCAACCAGAAACUGUGCUGAAAAUGAUGUGGAACGUUGGCGAGCCAUCGAAUGCAUCUGCAUGGAUCUGCGAGGAAUCAAUGUGAGGAGCAAUGUGGGUGUCCUUAAAGGACCAGUCUCCUUUGAGGAUGUCUUCGAAGUGCUGGGCCUCGAUGAGCAGGGGGAGCAGAAGGUGGAACCUGGCCCCUCGUCAAAAGUUAAAGUGGAAUCUGCUGGGAUGGGAUUGAAAGUAGCUUCUAACCGUGGAAAUUUCGAUAUUGACAAGUACUUGAUGCCGCCACUGACACCAAUCCAGAGAUGUCCUGUCAGGGAUCCCAGAAAAGUGGUAGUAGAAAGGAAACCAAGACCGAUUUCUAAGAGUCCCAUGCGGGUCGAGAAAGUGACUUCUUUAUCAAACUAUAAAAGAAAUUGAAGCAAGAUCUCUCAUUUAGUUUUAUAAUAUUUUAUUUAGUUUUAUUUUCUGACUGCCAUAUAGAACAAAUCGAGCAGGAAUACAAUUUAAAAAAGAGUCAUGAAGCAGGAUCUCUCUUAUAUUUUUUAAAUAUUUUAUUUAGUUCUAAUUUCUGGAAGUUUGCCACACUUUUGAAGUGCAGUUUAUGUUUGUAGCAUGCCCCCAGUUUCUGUUCAUCAUUAUUUAAU